GUAGUCACAGCUGGAAGGAUAAUAAGAUGCGCAUGAAAUUACAAUCAGGAAUAAAAGAUAAGAGAAAAUAAAUGGACGGCGCGGUUGGUCUCGGCGGGACUUUGCGCAGGAGGAGAGUCGAUCAUGAGCGGAUCACGGCGCCGCGCUCCUCCGUCUGACUCCCAAACGGCGCAGAAGAUCAAACUUCAGGCUCCGCUUUCCUCAGUUUAUGGGAGCUGAAAAGUUUCGUCGGUCCCCUCACAAUGGGAAGAAAAGCGCCCUUCGCCGAGAGUGAAGGCUUCCUGUGGACAGGCUGGAUUACUGACUUCAGUGAGGAGAGGCAACCAAACUCCAGGAUAUGAAGUUUUCUGCAGCUCUCUCAAGUCUGGAUUGCCUCAAGACUUUUUCUCCAUCACCUGCUCAGGCAGCAAAUGAGCGAGCUUAGUGCGCGCCCAGGUGGGUGGAUUGGUUGUUGUCCUCAUAGUGUAGAAAGACAAUGCUGCUGUAAUUAAAACAACAACAAGAGGAAGGGAAAACGGUUGAUGAGGACUACCUGCAGAAAUCCAGCUGUGCUCCUUCCCCCCGAGCCCUCUCCGAAACCCCCCCACCAUUCAGCGUUUCACGUCGCAACUGGAAGAAACCCAAUGUCUGCCUCCUCUCCCCCGUCCUUACCUCGAGCCUUCCUCCACUCGCUCCACCCGCCGUCGCUGAGCCCGCCCGGACCGCUCUACACGCGGCUGUCCAACGGCAGCCACAGCGCCCCCAGCCCCACCGACUCGCGCAGCUCCUUCCAUGGGGUGUCCUUCCUGCUGCAGAUCGGACUGACCCGGGAGACGGUGAACCUGGAGGCCGGCGACCUGUCGCUGUCGGCCGUCAAGGACCUGGUGUGCUCCAUCGUGGACCAGAAGUUCCCGGAGUGCGGCUUCUUUGGCAUGUACGACAAGAUCCUGCUGUUCCGCCACAACUUAAAUGAUGAGAACAUCCUUCAGCGCCUGACCUCGGUCGAAGACAUCCACGAAGGAGACCUCAUCGAGGUGGUGCUCUCUGCACAAGCCACAGUUGAAGACUUCCAGAUCCGACCUCAUGGCCUGUACGUCCACUCCUACAAAGCCCCCACCUUCUGCGACUACUGUGGGGAGAUGCUGUGGGGUCUGGUCCGGCAGGGCCUCAAAUGUGAAGGAUGUGGGCUGAACUACCACAAGCGCUGUGCCUUCAAGAUCCCAAAUAACUGUACCGGCGUCAGGAAGAGGCGGUUGUCGAAUGUCUCGCUGCCCGGACCCUCGCUGUCCGUCCCCCGCCCGGCACCUGCCGAGAACGCGGUGGUGGUCCUGGACGAGCAGCAGAGGUCCCAUCAGGAGGCGGGGAAGCGCAUCCUGUCCUGGAGCGGCAGGCCCAUCUGGAUGGACAAGAUGGAGAAGACGCGGGUUAAGGUGCCGCACACCUUCGCCAUCCACACCUACACGCGCCCCACCAUCUGCCAGUACUGCAAGCGUCUGCUCAAAGGUCUUUUUCGCCAGGGCAUGCAGUGUAAAGAUUGCAGGUUCAACUGCCACAAGCGUUGUGCUUCGAAGGUACCGAGAGACUGUUUGGGGGAGGUGGACUUCAAUGGAGAGCCGGCCAGCCCUGGGCCAGACUCGGACACCACCAUGGACAACAUGGAGGUGGACAGCAGCGACAUGGACGGUGGCCGAUCACUGGACGAUCCGGAAGAACCGUCCACCCCGGAUGAGAGGAUGUUUGAUAUGGACUCUCCCUUCCUGGAUAGAGAGAAAGACGAAGAGCCCAUCAAGACCAUCAGCCCUUCCACGAGCAGCAACAUCCCUCUGAUGCGGGUGGUCCAGUCCAUCAAACACACCAAGAGGCGGAGCUCCACUGUGGUGAAGGAGGGCUGGAUGGUUCAUUAUACAAGCAGGGACAACCUGCGGAAGAGACAUUACUGGAGGCUGGACAGCAAGAGUCUGAGUCUGUUCCAGAACGACACCGGAGCCAAAUUCUACAAAGAAAUCCCCCUGUCGGAGAUCCUCCAGGUGGAGCAGUCCAGAGACUACAGCAGUCUGGCCCAGGGCAGCAACCCUCACUGCUUCGAGAUCAUCACGGCCACCAUGGUCUACUACGUGGGGGAGCACAACGGCAGCCACUACCACAGCCCGGCACUGGCCGCCUCCGGGGUGGGCAUGGAGGUGGCCCAGGGCUGGGAGAAGGCCAUCCGCCAGGCGCUGAUGCCCGUCACCCCGCAGCCCAGCGUGGCCAGCGCUGUCGGCCAGGGCAAAGAUCACAAAGAGCUGUCCAUCAGCAUAUCUGUAUCCAACUGCCAGAUCCAGGAGAAUGUGGAUAUUGCCUCGGUGUACCAAAUCUUCUCUGAUGAAGUGCUGGGAUCCGGCCAGUUUGGCAUCGUGUACGGAGGCAAACAUAGAAAAAGUAGCAGAGACGUGGCCAUCAAGGUUAUCGACAAGAUGAGAUUUCCCACCAAGCAAGAGAGCCAGCUCAGGAACGAGGUGGCCAUAUUACAGAAUCUGCACCAUCCGGGCAUCGUUAACCUGGAGUGCAUGUUCGAGACGCCCGAGCGGGUGUUUGUCGUCAUGGAGAAGCUUCACGGCGACAUGCUGGAGAUGAUCCUGUCGAGCGAGAAGAGCAAACUGCCCGAGCGAAUCACCAAGUUUUUGGUCACGCAGAUCCUCGUGGCCUUGAGACAUCUGCACUUCAAAAAUAUUGUUCACUGUGACUUGAAGCCUGAGAAUGUACUACUGGCCUCCGCAGAGCCGUUUCCUCAGGUGAAGCUGUGUGACUUCGGCUUCGCGCGCAUCAUCGGCGAGAAGUCGUUCCGGCGGUCGGUGGUGGGCACGCCGGCCUACCUGGCCCCCGAGGUGCUGCGCAGCAAAGGCUACAACCGCUCCCUGGACAUGUGGUCGGUGGGGGUCAUCGUGUACGUCAGCCUGAGCGGCACCUUUCCUUUCAACGAGGACGAGGACAUCAACGACCAGAUCCAGAACGCCGCUUUCAUGUACCCGCCCACGCCCUGGAAGGACAUCUCCACCGAGGCCACAGAUCUGAUCAACAAUCUCCUUCAAGUCAAGAUGAGGAAGAGGUACAGCGUGGACAAGUGUCUCAGCCACCCCUGGUUACAGGACUACCAGACGUGGCUGGACCUGCGGGAGUUCGAGACGCGGCGAGGCGAGCGCUACAUCACCCACGAGAGCGACGACGCGCGCUGGGAGGAGUACGCGGACGAGCACAGUCUGGUUUACCCCAAGCACUUCAUCAUGGCUCCCAACCUGGACGACAUGGAAGAGGACCCCUAGUGGCAGAGGGGGGGAGUCGAUGCUGCGUCUUAAAUAUGAGGGACAGGAACUGUCACUGGGGACUUUGCGCACAAAGGCUUUGGGAGCGGCAGGUUUUCCCUCCAGAACUGUCUGCGGUGGGAACAGAGGGAAGCAGGAGAGUCGCUCUCUGGAAGCUUCAGAAGGGGGGGAAAACCCCGAUUCGGUAGCGCCAUGCAGCGCUACAAACAGCCAGCAGGUGGAGUGGCGGAUCACAGGAGGAAAACUGUGAGGAGAGAGACGGGCCCUCUCUUCUUUGUACUAUAGAAAACAUUCCACGGACUCGCUCGGUUUUGAGAACAAUCGAAGACCAAAGGUUGAACGUAAUACAGCUAAUUUACACGCAAUUCCCUACAAGCCUGAGUUUAUGCUAGCUGUGUUAUUGAUCAUGGAAAAAAAGAAAUGCUCGCACCAGGAUUAAAGGGCACUUUUCACAAGGGAUUACUGGUCCGAGACUCAAACACACACGCGUUUGCUGUCAUCUCCGAACAGUUUGUGAGGCUGUCCUUUGGUAUGAAACUGGAACCAUCACAUGCAUUUGUAUGUCUGUUUUUUUUUUACUUUAAUGUAUUUAGUAUUGUAGGUUUUUGCACUAUAUUACUAUUGAUCAUAGCGAUUGAAUAGAAACACUAUUCACUGCUACAGAAAACAAAGCAGUGAAAUCGGUGGAAUUCAGUGAAAAAGUCAUCCGAGAUUUGACGUCUUAGCAGGUAUUUUUAUUACCACAGGUCAAAGGUCAUGUGUGGGAAUUAUCUGCUCCCAAUAAGAGACCAAGAGAUGAUGAGACAUUAUGCUCAUUUCAGUGUUUCCAAACUGUUUUUCUCAGUGUGAAUUUCAUUUGAAGGCGAUGAACUUUUGUCGAAAUGCAAUAACGGCGCCGACCCUCCUGUUGGACCUGAGAUUAAAACAUGCGGCGCGCUCUUACAUUGCGUCUCUGCGUCCUUUUCCCCCCCGAGCGUCUGGCAGUGAAUGUGACUCUUCGACAGCUCUGGGUGUUGCUGAUGCUCUGCAGGUGUGUGAAGCGUCGCCGUCGGUGGCCAAAACUAGAACAAAGAUGCUGGUGUCGGUUGUUUUGUGUUGUCUGUAUCAGGGGGUUUUCAAAGUGUGGGAGGCUCCAAACGCAAUCCUCACACGCCGCGUGCUUUGUCUCACGCCACGGACUCAUUUUUGAGUGAAUGCCGGACUUCCAGAUGUGUUUCUCAUUAUGAGAUGUUGUUCGGAUCGAAUUAUAUUAAAAAGAAUAACUCUUCUUGUGCUCGGCAGAUGCUUUCAAUUUGAAAGCCUGUUGAUUUCUUUCUCUCAAGAAUUAAGAGGAGUCAAAAACAUCAUGCUGGGAUAAGGCAUCCCCCCCCCCCCCCCCCCCAGCCCCUCAGAGAGCAGCCCGACCCCACACUUUGGAAAACAGCUGGUCCAGGUCAUUUCAGCAUCCCCUCUGUAUAAACUCGGUUUGUUUGGUUCAUGUGGGAGUUUAUAGGACUACACACUUGUAGUCUGCUCUCUUUGUGUGUUUUUUGGGAGUUUGUUCCUGUUGUCCUGUUGUUUUUUUUUUUCCGUCUCUGUUGCCGCUGGAUUGGCAGGUGUCAGUGUUUUGUAUAUUUCAGUACAUAUUAAUUGAAUAAAACCUUAACUGUA